CCAAGCAAGAGCUGUCACUGGCUGUGUGCGCUAGGCUGAGCAUCGAGAAUGCUUUGCUGUUUUGUUUUUCCCUCUGAGGAUUGGACGAGGACGCUUUUCUCGACUCCCUGAACCCUGGGCCUUUGGGCAGUGGCAGUGGGGUCUCCCUGGGUCAUGCCCCUUACAUUAGCAUCUCAGCCACCACUCCUGAGACGAGCGCGAACCGCGGAGGGUCGAGUGCGGGGUCCCGCAGCAGGUGUCACGGGCAGGGAAGGGACUCGGGCGCACAAGGGUGGGAAUGACAGAUGGGCCCCGCGGCCCGAGGUGGGACGCCCGGAACCCGUCAGCUCCCGCUGCCACUGAGGAAGAGGACCCGGCAGGCUGAGGGUAGCGGCGGUGCCGGGCAAGCGCUCCCUGAGGUGAAGCGCCCCCUGAGGGCACCGGCCCGCCGCGCCAGCCGGCCAAGGAAAGUUAGUGCGGGGUCCGCGCCGCCGCCACAGUCCGCGGGGCCCGGGAGUGCCUCAGUCAGGAACGGUGCAGAGCUCCGAGCGCAGGCGAGCCCCAGCCCUGCAGAGAGAGCUCGGAACGCCAGCGGUUCCGUCAGCUCCCUCAGCGCGGCGCGACCCCGCCCGGGCAACCCGCCACCUUCCCGCCAUGCCCUGCUGAGGUCGAGACCCCGACCCUCCAAGAAGCCCGCGGCCGCCUUUACCUCAGCUCUGUGGUCCGCGGCGCGUUCUCGCCGGCUCAAGAGAAUCCCGACUCGCCACAGCUGCCCCGCCGGCGCGAGCUCUCACCCCCGCCCCCUCAGGUGCCUGGAGAUGUUUGUUUAUGCCACAGCCCAGUCACAUCCCCUGGUAUUACCGGACUGCCCAUGUUGAAAGGGCCUGUUCAGCUCUGAAUGCCCUGGGAGGAAGUUGCUCAACCUGCAUGGAAACCAAAACCCUCACUCUGGUUUCCUCUGAAAAACGUUGCAGCAAUUUCUUAGCUGGCAGUGGCAGAGACCUGGCCAUUGCCUAGACCUCGAGCCAUCCAACUGGCCAUUUUGUAAUCAUGGAUACAUCUGGCAGAAGUUCA